AUGGCGGAGGGCUACAUGGCUACCGCCACUCUGGCUCCUCCACAGAGUGAGGAGGACCACGACCAAGCGGCACCGCUAGCUUCAGGCCCAGGUGCCUGCAUUGCCGGGACUUCGGCGGCUGCUCCUUCCACGGCGGCCAAGGGUCGACGCAAAGUCUUCGACGCACACCUGGACCAGGACACCAUAGAAGCAGGCCUGGCCACGGGGGCUCUCAUCCGCGGCAUCUUGAGAGUCAGCGGAUCAAAGCUCAGUAUCGCCUUUGUGCGGCCAGAGGGUGCCAGAAGUGACGACCGGGACCUGGUGGUUCGCGGCUCGCAGCACCGGAACCGGGCCGUCCACGGGGACGUGGUAAUUGUCCAGCCCAUCAUGUACGGUCGCCAGGAGGAGUCCUCUUCCGAGGAGGAGGCGCCGCCCGCGGCCAUACCUUGCUCCGACUCUGAGGAGGAGGAGAUUGUGCUGAACAAGCCGCAUCUCGCAGGAGCAGCCCGAGCUGCCCCCAAGUCCUCCGAGCAGGAAGUACAGAUGGCGAAGGUCGUCGCCAUCGCAGAGAAGAAAGGGCAGGGUCGGGUCAUCGUGUGCACGCUGCACCCAGACCGGGACAAGAAGGAUUCGACAGGCGAGGUCCUGAAGGACGACCGCUUUAUCCGGGCAGUGCCGACAGACAAGCGAUUACCGACCAUGCUACUCCAGAUUAACAACGUCACCACCAAGGCCCUGCGGCUGCCGGGGAAGCUGGAUCGCUUUCAGCUGUGGCCCAUGCAGAUCCAAGUGUGGAACGAGACCAGCAAGCAUCCGCUUUGCCGCCUGCAGGGCAGCUGUCUGGGCCGGGCCGGCAGCCUGGAAGCGGAGGAGCGCCAUGCCCUGAUUGCGAACGAACUCGACAGCCACGAUGUCGACUUCUGCGAGGAAGAGCUUGAUGAGGUGGACCAGAUCGUCCAGGCGGCCCAGCGAGACUUCGAGUCGGAGGCUGCUUCCAGGAUGGAUCUGCGACAGAAGCGGAUCUUCACCAUCGACCCGGCCACGGCGAAGGACCUGGAUGAUGCCAUUCACGUGGAGGACUUGAAGGGCAAGGGUCAGAUCGAGGUGGGAGUGCACAUCGCCGACGUCGCUCACUUCCUGAAGCUCGGCUCGAUUACGGAUGAGGAGGCCCGACGUCGUACCACCUCUGUCUACCUCAUCGGGCGGGUGUUGCCAAUGCUGCCGCAUGGCCUCUGCAACUAUCUCUGCUCCCUGAAUCCGAACGAGCCAAAGUUGGCCUUCUCGGCCUUCUUCCGCCUCUGCAAGAGAACGGGCCAGCUGAUCGAGAACCCUGCGCCCUGGUUUGCAAAGACGGCCAUCUCCUCCGUGUGUCGUCUGAACUACGAGCAGGCUCAGGACAUCAUCGACGAUCUUGACAUUGAGGAGGAAGACCGGCCGCUGGUGCACGGCGGCUACACGUGGCAGCAGAUCAAGGACGACAUCCUGCUGCUCUACGAAGUCUGCGGCAAGGUGCGGCAUGGCCGCCUGACGGGCGGAGCCAUGACGAUCAGCAAGACGAAGAUGGUCUUCCACACCAGGGACAGCGAGGAUGGGAUUCCCACAGGCUACCACUUGGAGUCUCACAGUGCAUCUCACUGGGUCAUCGAGGAGCUGAUGCUUCUGGCCAACCGGUGCGUCGCCAAGCGCCUCGCCAUGUCGGAGCUCUCCGAGGUGGCCGUGCUGCGGAACCACAAGCCACCGGAUCUGAAGAAGGCGGAAACGCUCCAAAAGCUCAUGCGAGAGCGCCUUGGGAUCAAGGACUUCAGCAUGUCUUCGGCCUUCGCCAUCUACAAGUCGUGCCAGGACAUCUACCAGAAGCAUGGCAAGAUGCUGGGGCUGUGUGUGGAGAUGAUGAUCAUGCGCGCCGGGAUGAAGCAGGCAGAAUACUUCCUGUAUGGUGUCGUCGAGGAAGAGGAGGAGGAGCAUUGCCCGCAUCACUUUGCGCUGAAUUUUGACUACUACACGCAUUUCACUUCGCCAAUUCGGCGAUAUCCGGACGUGAUGGUGCACAGGGUGCUGUGUGCACUCUUGGACCGUCAGAUGGAGCCUCGAGGACCAGCAGAAGAAGGCGAAGAAGAGGGACCUGCCUUCUUUCAGACUCGCGACGAAGCCAAGGAGCAGGUGAAAAUCUGCAACGAGAAGAAGAUGAAUUCCCGGAGGUGCCAGGAGCAGCUCGACCGGGCUGUGUUCUGUAUCUACCUGCGCUCGAUGAAGUCUUGGUGCUACACCGUUGGCACCAUCCUGGCCAUGACCCGGAACGAGCGAGACGGCGACUCGCUGACUGUCUACUGCUCCCAGCUGGGGCGAGAGAGCAAGGUGACUCUUUGCCGGGCAUCUGCGGAGGAAGACAACGUGGAGCUCUUCCGGAACGGUCGAGAACUCAG